UCCAUCUGCCAAUCUUUUACCCUCAGUACAAAGCCCAGCUGGUUGGAAGUGGUAUAAAUCUGGUUUGGAGCUGUCGGGCUAUCAGCAAGAACAGGCUACUGUGAACAGAUAAAGUGAACCUACCUCAGUGAUUAUUGUCCAGUAGCACUUACAUCCACUGUGAUGAAAUGCUUUCAGAGGUUGGCCAUAAAACACAUCAACUCCUGCCUGAGGAGUGGCUUGGAUCCACUCCAAUUUGCCCACCGUCACAACAGGUCGAUAACAGAGAGCCAUUUCAUUGGCUCAUCACCCAGCUCCGGACAUUUGGACAACGAAGAUGCAUACAUCAGGAUGCCCAUCAUUAACUACAGCUCAGCAUUAUCAUUCCCUCAAAACUAAUCUCUAAGCUCCAAGACUUAAGUGUCAGUAUCUCCCUGUGCAACUGAAUCCAUGAUUUCCUCAUUUGCAGACCCGUCAGUAUGGAUUAACAACAUUUCCUCCACAAUCACCAGCAGUACACCUGCACCACAAGGCUAUGUGCUUAACCCUCUGCUCUACUAGCUUAAUGACUGUGACUAAUUUUAUCUCGUUGCAUAGAAAAUAUUUAAUAGGUAUGAACAAUAUUUAAUAGGUGCUCCUUUGGCUAGCAUGAGGGGAGACUGCCAUUAAGCCAAGAAGGGAGAUGUAAGCAAGAGAAUAACAAAUACAUAAUGACAGAAUAAAAAGUAGAAAUAUCAUGUCAUCAGCACCGGUCAAAAGAAAACACAACACCCAAACAACUUUUUCAAUUCCCGAACUAACUGCGGCACAGUCACUAGUCCCCGUUUCUGCAGGAUCUAUGCGCCCCCUGAUGGUCACAAUCCCGUAUUGCAGGCAAUGCCCGCAGAUGCGACCUGACACGCCGCACCCUCUGCCGGGCGCCUGAUCUCCUUCUGUGUCUGCUGGUGCGGGACGAGCCCUCGCUUCUGGUCAACAUGGAUCCCGAGAGGGCGAGAGGCGAGGCAGCCGCAGACUCGGAAGGUGGGCGGUCCAGUGCAGUCUGCGCGGAGGAAGAACAAAACGUUCUGCAGGAACUGUCAAAGUUGCCGGUGGAGGGGGCGGGGAAAAGGCCGACAUGCUCCAGAUGCAGCCGUCCUCAGAAGGUUUGUCUUUGCCCAUUCCUGCCAGUUCAUCCACUGAAUGUUUCCACAUGCCUGUACAUAGUCCAGCAUCCAGCAGAGGAGAGUCGAGUACUGCGGACUGUACCUCUGUUGGCUGCCUGCCUUCCAGCUGACAAAUGUAAAGUCUUUAUUGGACGGCGUUUUAAUGAGGACAGGCAUCCUGAACUUGCAGCUGUUUGCCAGAGUAUUAGUACAUUAGUCUUGUAUCCUGGACCUGAGGCAAAUAACCUGGAAGAGCUUGAACUCGAUCCAUCGCUGUCUCCAUACAAUAUCAUUAUCAUUGAUGGAACAUGGAGCCAGGCCAAAACCAUGUUUUAUGGAAAUGCCCUCUUUCGUUUGCCAAAACAAGUUCAACUGAAAACCAGUUUAUCAAGCCAGUACAUAAUUCGAACUCAGCCAAACAAUACAUGUCUCUCUACACUGGAAUGUGCAGCCUUUGCUCUCUCCAUUGUAGAAAAGGACCACUACAUUCAUGAGGUCAUUCUGCGACCUCUUCGGGCAUUGUGCUCAUUCCAGCUUCAACAUGGAGCUCAAGUCCAUCACAGUAAGGAACAUCUGAUUAAGAAUGGGUUGUAUACAAAACCAAUGCCAAAGAAUAAGCGUAAACUUAAGAGAAUGGAACGUCUGGUCAAAGACUAGAACAGGAGUAUAAUUUUAGUAUGACAUUAUUUUUCGAAGCAGAGAUUCUCUGACUCAUGGUCUUCUAUCUCCGGAUCUCUGGAUUUUCAUUUCAACUGGUCAUCAGUUUCCUUAAGUUGAAUUCCUGGCUAGCUUCUAUUUCUAUUAUGAGUCUUAACAAAUUCACUUAGGACAUAUUUCCUCAGGGUUCCUUCUGUUGUACUUCCAUAAUUUAGGUGCAAAUGUUCAUCAGAAAUCUUAUUUAGUUAGUUUCCUUCUGAAAUUGGGCCAUUGUUAUGCUGCUGCAAUUGGAGAAAAUUCAUCUCCUCAAUAUUUGGUUAAUUACUUUGUCUUUUAAUGAUAUUCUGCAAUAUUCAGGACAGAUCAAUGUAUUAAUGCAGCAAACUUUUCUUUAGUUUUGUUGGAUGUUUCCAUGAGAAUAGAUUAUUUUAUUGCAGUCUCUGAUUUUAGUCUAGGCUACUAAAGCUGUCUUGAAGUUGCCAGAUGGGCAGUAUCAGAAUCUUGAGUAUUUUUUCCAUUCUUAAGGCUUAGGUCUAGAAACAUUUUAAAAUUUUUUCCACCUCUCCCCUGCACUCUGCUCCAAUUCCCCUCCUGUCAGAUGUCCUCUACAUAAGUAGAUGCUUCAGGAGGAUGAAGAGUGGAAAUCUUGGAUAUACUCCAGCAAACACAUACUCUUGGAUUAUAGUGGUUGUCCAUCAUAUCUAACGAUGACAGGAAACCUGUGUGGAGAGUUUUUAAAGUAGAAGAGCCAUUGUACUGGGGCAGUUCCACCUCAGAAUUCCAGGUCCAGUGGGACGAGUAGUCAUCGCAAGUGGAGUCUUUCCUGGUUGCAGUGGAUGACCAUGACUUCUCUGCCUCGUCAUGCCCUUCGCUCUCUGCAGAGUGUUGCAGGCCGUUGAAUCGCACUGUAGAUCUCAUCCACCAAAUCCGCCUGAAAUGACUUCACAUGCUAGGACAGACACGUCUCUACUUCACCAGGGUAUGGGCUACCCUCACCUGCUUUAGCUUGCCUGUUGAAGCUGUGCACUGGUGUGUGGCUGCUGUCACAUUCAGACAGCUACUUGGAGCAACGGGUGAGAGCCGAGUGUCCGGUGAGGAGCACAGUUGCGUUAGCUGCCUCAGAUUGGACACAACAAGCCCUUUCACCAGAGGUGCUACCCAUACACCCCAAUUCCAGAGUAUAUAAUGUUGUAUUGGUUACAUAGGCCUUCUUAGCACAUAACUCUAGUUGAGUACAUUAUGUAGCUGUGACAUUAGGUGUUUAAAUUGAUCUCCUAACUCAGAACUUCUGUUAAUUAGAAUUAAAAGUAAAUGUCUGUGUCAUUAAAAUUCAAAAGAGUAGGUCUGUGAGUAGUUAGCUCACGAAAUCCCACAGGUAUCUAGAGCAUCAUAAGACAUAGGAGUAGAACCAGGCCAUUUGGCCCAUCGAGUUUCUUCUGCCAUUUCAUUAUGGCUGAUUCAUUUUUCCUCUCAGCCCCAAUCUCCUGCCUCCUCCCCAUAUCCCUUCAUACCUUGACCAGUCAAGAAUCUAUCAACCCCUGCCUUAAAUAUACCUACAGACUUGGCCUCCCCAGCUGCCUGUGGCAAGAAUUCCACAGAUUCACCACUCUCUGGCUAAAGAUCGUGUCAGGUUGAAAUGUGUGGGAAACCUGUAGAUGGGGAAGCCGCCUUUGUUUUUGCCUGAUCUGAUUUAAGUGGGAAUAUAUGAGAUUACAUUUUAUAUUAGAUAGAGAACUUGAAUCAGCUCCUACAGUUCUUAAUGAGACUUUGAUGUCAGUUUUGACCAAUUUGACUGGUUUGAACAGAAAGUGGGUGGGAAAGAAUUCUGUAAAACAAAACUUAUGUGCAUUUACACCACUGCCUUUCAUCAAUUCUUUAUCUGUAUGUGGUGACACCUGUGUAUAAAUAACAAUCAUUUUCAAUGCACUGGAGCAAAUAAGAACUCAGCAGAACAAGCAGCAUCUGAGGAGGUAAAGGGAUGGUGUCAAUACACUGUUAAGUUAAUGGAGUGUGUAAAAGGUCCACCGCGAAAAGAGUCAGUAGCAGAGCAGUCAAUGUCCAAACAACAAACUUAAGUAAUUAUUUGACCAAAAAUUAGAUAAUUGUGUGAUUAUGUAUAAUAUGAGCAGAGUUUGUAGCUAUAGUUACUAUGUACUUAGUUACUGAUCCCAAGCUUGCUUACUAUGAGAUAUUUCAGGACUGGUAAAACACAAGGAAAAGUUAAAUUUUCCAGGCUAGUGAAUUAGCAACUGCCCCGAGAGCUAAUGUGGGAAGGAGUCUAAGAUGAGAAGUUCUUAUUAUGAAACAAGUCAGCUGCAAAACAAGGGUAUCCCUUGAAGAAAAAAAGUAUGGAAAAUGAAUUACAAAUGCCCAAAUACCGUUUGUUUACUUGAUCACCACACCUGUGUAGGAUUUUUUAAAAAUAUGGUAUACUUAAAGAGAUACAUCAUAUGAAAAUGGAAAAUGCAGAUUUCAUUACAUCUUUUACUUAGUAAUGAAUGUUGAGACAGGUUUACUAUGAAUUACCACUUUUGUAUCUGUUUUCAAUAAAAUGUU